AGUGAAUCUUCUGCCCUGUUCUCGAAGCUAGGCAGCUCUUUUUUCGGAGCCACCGGCUCACCCCAAAAAGUUGUAACCAACAUCCGUGGAUUCCUGUCGAAUCGGCUAACUGGAGUUUCCAUCCCUGAUACAGGAUGGAAAGAUUCUAUUCUUUCGCUACAGAAGAAAUGGAUGUCAACGACGGAAGCUACCGACGAGUAUGGGUUCCCGGAGAUGCUGCCCAAGGUACCGGUUCCAACGCUGGAUCAAACCAUGAACGAGUAUCUCCGGGUGCUCCAGCCCAUCACAACACCACAACAGUUGGAACGGACACGAAUGCUCACUAAACAAUUCACUGCACCGAAUGGACUGGGAACGACGCUGCAGCAGUACCUGCUGGACAAACGGGAAGCCGAGGAUAACUGGGCCUACUACUACUGGCUGAACGAUAUGUACAUGGACAACCCCUUACCGUUGCCGAUCAACUCCAACCCCGGUAUGGUGCUGCCACCUCGAAAGUUUACCACCGUCAACGAUGUGGCUCGUUUUUCGGCGAAGUUGAUCGACAAUCUGAUGGUUCACAAGGAGAUGCUCGAUAGCGGAAAUCUUGUCCAGGAGAGGGCAACUUCUCGUGAAAAGGGUCAACCCUUGUGCAUGGCGCAGUAUUAUCGGCUUCUUGGAUCCUGCAGACGACCGGGUGAGAAUCAAGAUAGCCAAUAUUUGCCCGAAAAGAGGACCGAUGAGCAUGUGAUUAUUUUCUGCAGAAAUCAAAUGUACUGUCUUCCGGUUAAGGCUGGUGACCGUGGUCGUUUAACCGAAGAUGAAAUUGCAUCGCAGCUCUUGUACAUUCUCAAUGAUGCACCAUGUUUGGCUCGGAAAGCCCCACGCAUUGGUAUUCUGACGGCGGAGUCGCGCCGCCAAUGGGCUCUAGAUCGAAAGAUGCUACUUCUGGAGGAGCAAAAUGCCCGGAACAUCGAACUGAUUGAGCAGGCAUUGGUACAGGUCUGUAUCGAUGAACCAAUCCCGCUGACGUUCAACGCUCGUGGAUUCAACGGGUCACCGGCCGGGGCUCACUAUUGCGGAGGACGGGAUGAAAGCAACAUGGCCCACGAAAUGAUUCACGGGGGAGGCAGCGAAUACAAUUCCGGGAAUCGCUGGUUUGACAAAACGAUGCAAUUAAUCGUUUGCAACGAUGGCAGCUGGGGCUUAUGCUAUGAGCACUCUCCUUCCGAAGGUAUUGCCGUAGUUCAACUGCUAGAAGGGAUUGUUAAGAAAAUAGACGAGGCUCCCAAUACGGAAGACAAUGGGCCGCAGCACCAUCUACCACCACCGGAGAGACUCGAAUGGAUUGUUCGACCGGAAAUUGACCAAAGAAUCCGGGACGCUGCUAAGAGUGUUGAUAAGAGCAUAGAGAAUUUAGACUUUUAUGUUUAUCGAUACAAACCGUUCGGUAAGAACUUCAUCAAAGCUUGUCAAGUUAGUCCGGAUGUUUUCAUUCAACUAUCGUUACAACUAGCCUAUUACAAGCUUUACGGUCAUUUGGUCAGUACGUACGAAAGUGCUUCAACCAGAAGAUUCCUGUUGGGUCGCGUGGACUGCAUUCGGUCGGCCAGCAUGGAAGCGCUGGAAUGGGCCAAAGCAAUGUGCCAGGGAGAAGGUGCUAAUGUGGCGCUCGAAAGUGACAAAGAAGAGGACUACGGUGGCGAAGGAAGCGACGCGAAAAAAGUAACUUUCAGUAUUUACAGUCGAGAUCAUUUGAGAGAACUGUUCCGAUGUGCUGCGGCACGUCAAACCGAGGUUAUGGUGCAGAACAUUCUGGGACAUGGUGUAGACAUCCAUCUGCUAGGUCUUCGCGAGGCCUGUAAAGAAAAGGAAGGCAGUCUCCACGAAUUAUUCACGGAUGAAGGUUACAAAAUUGCGAACUGUUUCCUACUUUCGACCAGUCAGGUCGCCUGCUCAACUAACAGCUUCAUGGGUUACGGUCCAGUUACGCCACAUGGUUAUGGAGCCUCAUAUAAUCCUCAUCCGAACGAGAUCAUCUUCUGCAUUUCGGCAUUCUUCUCGUCGGAUAAAACAAGCGCAUCGAGAUUUGCCCGGUCGCUUCAGGACUCGCUCGACUCCAUGCGGGAUCUGCUGUCAUAAGCUCUAUAUAUACAUAUAGGUGGCCUUACCGCACAUGAUUUGCGAAAAUGAAAACAACCAAUGAAAACUUAUACAUAUCAAUAUCUACAAGAUAGUCGUCGAAACAACUCAAACAUAUCAAUUAGUUGGAAAUCUGUAGCAGAUUUAUUUAAAACUGUUAAAUACCCUACUGUCACCGUUGCAACCCUGUUGGAUAGGUUGGGCAACAUUUCAACGGAAGCUGAUUGAUCGAUUGAGUUUAAAUUUGUCGAUGGUGGUCCAAAAGCAGCUUUUGAGAAAAGUCGUGUUUUCACACUUCUUUCCCAAACUACCCUACAACAAUAAACAAAAAUCAUUAUGUUUAACUGUAGCUACACAUCAUGAUUUUUUCUACUCAUAUUUGGGUAGAUAAUUUGUUCCCCUAAUUCUCAUGUUUCAAUGGUUACAGGAUCGGCAUCACACCUUCAGUCCGAGUGGGUCGUAAGCAUAGCGUGAGGGGUCUAUUAGCAAGGAUUCGUCGCAUUAUUACAAUACACACUCUUGCAAUACAUUCACAUUAAAUCACAUGCCGUGCUUUUGUACUGAUGAAAUUAUGGUACAUAGAUGUUUUCAAAUGUGCACAGUGUCAAUUUUUUAAUUGUUCCAAAAAUGUUUUGAGUGGGUAAUUAUCCACUCGGUUAUUUACUACCCACAUUAUCCAUCGGCUUUAAACGGCUACAUUACAAAGCAAAACAAAAACCAACAAUGGUAACCACUCAGGCAAAUUAGAGAAAACUCUCGAAUGAAAUUAUUAUUCUAGAGUUUUCUAUUUUUUGUGGUUAUCUGACACGGUUCAACGCGUUACUAACUGAGCCGUGGAUCUUAUGUUGGAAGGAAAUAACAUUGCAUCUCACUACCGUCGUUGGGCCUUAUUGACGCAGUUUACUGCUGAUCUUCUUUCUUGGCGGUGAAACUGCGUUAUUCGCAGCCUUGCACUGUGGAUCAAUCUGUUUCUUGUCCUUAUUGAUCGCUAUGUCUUGUCCUUUAUCGCUAUUUUGAAUGUGUCCUCUUCGGUGUUUUCUUAUUUAUUGGUGGUACUGGUUGUUGGCUUCGAGACAUCAGUCACAGUGGUUGUUGAGUGAAUAUUUGUUCCUGUCAGAUCUGAAAAUGUGGAUUUUACAGCCGUUUGUGAUUUAGCAUAAGAUGAUUGUGUGCUGUUUUUGAUUGUAGUAGGCAGACUUUCCUUAACUGAAAGACCAAAACUGCUUAGGAUUUGGCUUCUGGUUCGAUUGGGUUUCCGCUACGUGUCUUGAAUAGAGAAAGCGAUUAUAUGUCUUGUAACUGCCAAAACACAGCUACUCGCAAUCUUUUCAGUUUACGUAGUUGACGAAUGGACCAUAUUGGUUUUGGUCGGGGACUUGGUGCGGGAACAUGCAUUAUGAAAAGCUGUUUCAGGACCAGUGAAAGUUUUUCUACGGCAACAUCUACAUCGAUCGCGGAAUUCAACAAAGUCAAUUGCCUGCAGUGGGUUUUGAAGCCUAGAGAAAUCAGUUUUCGAAAAAAUGAGCUUCUGACAUGCAGUGUUUCAUUAUAAACAAUCAAUUAAGAACAAAUCUACGUUACUAGAAGAGGAGGAUGACGUGCGUCACAAGCAACUAACAGCUCAAUGGCUUCUGGAAUGGCGCAGUUAAUAGAAGCUUCUUCAUUUACGAAACGGAGAUUCAGGGUUUAAUUUCGUCUGUUAUUUACUGUACACAUUUGUAGCAUGUUCAAUAUAGACAUUCCGUCCAGUGAGGCAGUACUCGAUCUCGAAAAUAUUGAUUCAGAAGGGUCUGGGAAGGCAUAACCGGAAGAGGUACUUUUCCAAAGCAGUCCAGGUUGGUUAUAAUCACCAAACCGUAGAGGGGCCGUGUUGGGUUGAAUGGAAGUUGUGAUGUCAAGUGAUGAAUCUAUUUGCUUCUGAAUGAUGUCUUUAUCACUUCCGGAGUCAGGGGAAUAAUCACCCACAUAAAUAUUAGUAUCGCGACCGCGAAUAUCUACCCACAGUUGUUCGAGAUCAGUACUAUCAGUUUUAUGCUUGGACGAGAGCCGGAUGCAUACUGCGAUAAGCACACCGCCACCUAGUUUUUCACUGUACUGUCGUCUAGAUCGUGAUCGUUACGGUAAACCGUUUACUUUGAGCCGUAUAAUUGAUGAAUGAAUUGAUUUGAUAAUUCAGCCACGUUUUGGUUUGGACAAUAACAUCAUAUUCGACCUUUGAAACAGCGAUGAACAACUCGUCAAUUUUGGUGCGUAGUCCUCUCAUGUUCUGAUAAUAGAUGCUAAGAUGUUCCUGCAAGUAAUGUCCUGGUUGAACGGUAGAAAGGUGAGUGGCGGUGGUGGUAGCGUCCACCUGUAAUAAGGGUGGGUUUUCAUCGGGGGCAGCAUCUGUAUGUCCUACUUCGGAAAAUAUUAUUAAUAUUCAGAUUAUGAAAAAUGUGUAAGAUACUAAGUUUGUAGUAGUUGACCGUUUAGGCUCGAAGCUAUAUUCGGUCUCCGAUAUGUAGCUAGUGCAAUUAUAAGAGUGCGAAUAGCUUAGACACAGUACAUAACUCAGCUAUUGUGCAAUAGUUCAAAAUAACGCUUUUGUGACACUAUGGAAAUGUAUGAUUUUUCCAUAGGUCAGGGAAACUUCCUAGUGAAAUGUAACAGCAUUGAAACUGAAGCUGGAGACUAACUGAGCAUUUUUUUAGUACGAUAGAUGGAAUUCAAUCGGGCCCUGGACUGUACGACGACUUCAGCAUAAAGAAGUUACAUAUUUCGAGCGGAGUUGUUGCUUGAACCCCAUCGAGUGACAUAUAAGAUGGCAAAUCAGCUUUCUUCAGAGAAGUCCAUUCGGCUGACGACGGACAAAACAGUCAUACGGGAAGCUGUAGUGUUUGUAGUCAGAGGGUUGGAUACUGGCACGUCAACUCUCGAUAUUUUAUCAGGGCAUGACAAAGAAUGUCUGGAAAUAUGGAGGCUGUUUAUUGUUAUCGUUAAAGGACACUUCGUAGAGGUUGCUGAUGUUAAAUUGCAGAUUGUCAAGAAUCUCAAGAAAAGGGACACCAUCGUUGUUUAUUCUAUCCGCGUUAUAGCGAGAUCCGGAAUGUCAGCUUGGUUUCGUACAUUGUUGGGAUCACAUACGACAGAGAAUCUGCAUUUUAUGCGACAAACCACCAAUCAGUUUUAAGGCGGUGUUCGUGCGUUGCAAACAGGGGCGGGUCCAGAAAAAAAAUUCGGGAAGGGUCUGAAACCUCGAUUUUGAAAUGAACAUUGUACAAUUCGUAAUACAUAAUAACCUUAUUUAAUGAUUAUCAGUUUAGUUGGUCAAAUUUGGUUUGGAGUGAUUUUGAGUUUAAAACUAAUAUACAAUUUAAACUAACUCAAAAUUUCUCAACAAAUAAAAAAAUUUCGGAGGGGAUCCGGACCCCCAGGAAAUCCUCCUGGAUCCGCUACUGAUUGCAGAACUAGAGUCAUGGUUUCAUUAGACGAAUUAUUCCUGUUGGGGUUAAAACCAACAAACACUAGAAGCAUCUCGAUCUUGGCGAGAGAGCUGUUUAAAUUGGCGAAUAUAAGAUGGAGGCCUUUAGAGCCAAAUUCGCAUAAGGCCAAUUCGCGGUCCUGAUCCACCAAAAUAAGUAUCGGCAUCGCAUUUGCUCCUUGUCAUGUUGACGGCGAGAUGAACCGAUGACCGAAGUGCGAGUGACUGUGGGUGCUUGCCGAUUAUAGAUGUGGUGAGUGUCGUAGAGCGAACAGUGGCUUAUAAUGUUUAUUUACCGAAAACUUUUGCGAUUAUUAGCACAAAUUAUGAUGCGUAUUCUAGAAGACAAUAGUGUAGAGUAGAUAUGUAACAAUCGUUCACUAAAACAAUACCAACUAAUGAACAGACGGCAGUAUUUCGCUGGCACUUGACAAAAGUUUGAAGCGCGGAAAAACUUUUUGUGAUACCUGGCUAUACACUGAAUCAAAAAAUAAUAUAGACGCGUGCAGUCGACCGACCUUAUUUCUGUCUGCGAAGGAAAAAAAUUAUAGCAUUGUACUACGUUGACACUCAUUUUUCAACUAAUGCUCACUUUUCUUCUACAUCCUCAACAUUGGCAUCCUCAUUUGCUCCAUGCAAAUCGGAAUGGUCCUCCAAGCAUUGGUCAAUGAUAUCAAGUCGCGCCUGAACAAGAUUCUGUAUCAGUGCUAAUAUCGCAGUAUCGCUCGUGGUUGGACCACAACAUCUGCCUAACUAACGAAUUUAAUUAAUUUGUUAGAACAACCAAUAGGCGUCGAAAAUUUACAAAAAGGCAUAUUUGUAGAGUUCACAUCUCUUACUAUUGUCAGUUCAACUGUCAAAAUAAAUUUGACAUGAUAUUUUGACAUUCAGAUAGUAUUUAGUUGGACAACUCGGAACAACGGUCCCACUAGCGAAAGUCCAACCUAAAAGCAGUUCAGUCGGAGUUUGGGAAUAUUGUAUCGACGGUGAUUAUUAUUUAUCUUGGCAAAAGUGUCCAACAUUCUGGUACAUGAAAAUUACAUACAAAUCAUAUUCGACUAGAUACUAGAAUCAUAGCAUAGCGUUGCAAAAGACCACCCCGGAGCAAAACACAGUUUGGUCAUCAAUUUCAAACAAUCAGCUUUCUCGAAAAUAGAGCCUGACCUAUCUCAAAAGAUUUGCAUCUUGACGGAAAGGGAGAAUCAACCAAAGAAACGGAAACAUAUCACUAGAACGUAAGGCUGUAUUUAGACUAAAAAUAAUCGAAACCAUAUGUAGAUGUAAAGAAACUGUUAGAAAUUUCACUAUGUAAUAUUACUUGUUGAAGAUGUUAUAAACCAUCGCUUUUAUCGUUCAAUUACCUAGUCUAACAUAUGCUAUUGUUUUCGAGUUACGAGUUGAGUUAAUAUAUUAGACUGCGUGUAGUAGCAAUAUUGAAGUUAUUAAUCUGAACUGCGUUACAUUACCAAGUAUUACGUAACAAUAUCUAGUCAAUGUGUUCUUAAUGCAAAGCUAAGCUUUAAAAGGCAACGUCUCAUAAUCAGUGAUAAUUAAUCCAUGAAGUUGAGUUUAUAUAUUGCAUUUUAUCAAAUCGGCAAUUGAAAGAGAAGAAUUAUGUGUGCAAUAUUAUUUUAGAUCGUAUUAUAGGUUCAUUUGAAAUGCUCACAAUCUGAGCCAGUUCGGUGGACAAAUAAGUCAGAAGUAAACUACUGCAUACUGACACGAAAAAAAACCGCUGGUAGAUUCGAGCGCCCGCACAGUAAUUCUUGUCCAUUAAACGAAGCAAAAUCGUAGACAUUAAUCAAAACUAACAUUUUGGUAUCAUCAAGUUAGUAGAGAAACGAUAAUUUUGUGUGUAUGUCCUUAGAUGCAAGCUGUGCUCGAUGUAUGCAAUGCAUGCAAUCGAGUUAGCAAGCUUGCGAGAAACAUUGCACGCAACUUGCAUGAAACUAAUUAUCAGAAAAGCUUUAAAGCGUACGAAAACAUAGACUAUUAAACCUACCGAAAGGCAAAAUUUGUAAAACAGGACAAACGUGUGAAAAUAACAAUAUUUAGAGGUGAGUUCAAAAUAGUAAACAAGUAAAAAACAAUGUAACAUAGCAUUUAGUCUGGACCUGAAACUGGAUACAUAUCAUUGACAUAUCUGAAAUGUACGAAUAUAUACAUUAUCGGAAUAAAAUCUCUACAUAAGUCAUAUCUAGAAAGUAAGGCUGGAAGUUGUAGCCAAAGACAACAGUUCACUGGUAGUUCGUAGUGGUAUGCUUAAUUAUUGUACAAUAAGCAUCUAUAGCUGAUAUAAUAUAAAAUGAAACUAUUCAAUGGUUUCAAAUAAGUAGGAACAUGUUAUGGUGUAUAAUAAUUAGGUUUGUAACAGACAUAACAGAAAAGAGCUCGAGUAGAAUGCAUCUUCUAUAGAGUAGCAUUGAGACUCGGUUUAAAAAGUCAAAAAAGAAUGUUUAUAGUUCUGAACGAUGGCGAUACAAUACAGUUUGUCUGAUUAUUUGCUCCGGUACAACAUAAUUCUGCGGAAUCUGUUGAAAACAAAAAUCAAGUUUUAGCUUUGACACUUAUGAUCGUUUCUGCACGGGACGCGAUUGGAAAUUUUGACCGGUCAAUACCUGCACAUGAUCAGCAUAUUUCGGUACUAAUUUGUUUCUACUAAUUAACUGCGUCUUGUUUUCUCUAUACUGCGGUGAAAAUAACAUGACAGAUGUUUUUUCUGUCGUGUAUCAAUAUUAAAUGAUGUUGGUAUAAUUCUAUUAAGUACUAAUAUUAUACCUACCUUACCUUAUUGGCUACAGCGUCAUCUCGCCAAUGCCGGACGUAUCGUAGAGCUCCAUCUUUAUCGGUCUUAGGUCGGUCGGAUCUCAGGUCCUCUUCCACUGCGCAUAGCCAACGCGUUCGUGGCCUCGCACGAAGUCGGCGUCCUCUUCAUGGCUCUCAGCUGAAUAUUGUUUUCGUAAUUCUUUCUUCCGACAUUCGUACCACAUAACCAGCCCAUUGCAGUCUACCUUAUUUUAUCUGUUUAACAAUAUCCGCAAUUUUGUAUACUUGUUACAACUUAUGAUUCAUGCGUCUGCGCCACACUUCAUUUUCGCAAAUCCCGCAGAGUAUUGUCCACAGCUCUUCACGCUCAAUGAUUUCGAAUGCUCUCCUAUCUGCCGCCCUCAAUGUCCACGCUUCGUAGCCAUAAAGAGUGACUAGGAGAAUCAAUGUCUUGUAUAAGGCGAAUUUUGUUGACAUUUGUAGGUUGCAGGACCUAAGCUGGCUAAGCAGACCGUAAAAGGCCCUGUUGGCAGCAGCAAUACGGCUUUUACCUCAUAAGAGACAUCAUUGUCGCAAGUCACAAGUGUACCAAGAUACAUGAAUUCUUCAACCACUUAAAACACGUCACCAUCAAGCGCUAUCUCGGAACCAACACUAGUAGACAUGCUUUUCUUUUUACCUGCGAUCAUGUACUUUUUCUUGGCUGAGUUGAUAACUAAGCCUAUCCUCGCUGUCUCCUUCUUAAAAAGCAGGCCUUCUUCCACUGCUCUACGAUCGAUUCCAAUUACACCAACAGCCGUCCCCGAAACCAAGGAGCAUAUGCGACCUUGUGAUGAUAGUUUCAUUCAUUUGGACGCCUGAUAGCUCCUGUAAGAGUAAUAUUGAACAGCAAAUUUGAAAGUGCAUCGCCUUGCUUCGGUCCAUCUAAGGUCAUGAGGUUGAGAUUUCAUUUGCAAUCCGAAGACUUGGUUUGAAACCAUCCAACGUCGCACGUAUCAGUCUAAGCAGUUUCGCCGGUAAACUAUGUCAUGACAGAAUCUGCCACAGCUCACUUUUUUCACUGAGUCGUACACCGCCUUUAAAUCAUUGAACAGAUGGUGGAUCUGCAAGUUGUACUUCCGGAAUUUGCCUGGGAUCAUCCACAGGCGGAACAUUUGAUCCGUCGUUGAUCGGCCCUCACGAAAACCAGCGUGAUAUUCGCCGACGAUGGACACCUCAAGCGGUCUCAGUCUGGUAAACAGGAUACGCGAUAGUAUUUUGUACGCCGAGUUCAGGUGAGAUAUCACCCUGUAAUUAGGGAUCAUCCACAAAUGACGUAGCCUUAUAUGGGGGAGGGGGGAGUUUGGAAUUUUGUGAUGAUGUGUGACGACGGGGGGUAGGGGGUCAUGACAAGCUACGUAGCUUUUUAAAGUGGAAUAACUAACAUCGAUUUUCAUCUUUUUAAAAAAAAUUGGCGGGACAGGGGGGGGGGGAGAGUUACCGUCAAGCUACGUAAUUACCCGGGGGUAUUUGGUAGUUUGUGACGAAAUGCUACGAUGGGGGAGGGGGUGUUAAAAAUUACUCAAAAAUGCUACGUCAUUUAUGGAUGGUCCCUUAGCGCACCCCAGUCUGUGCCCAGCCAACUAGCAGGGAUUUUUUCGUCCACCCAUAUUCUUAGAAUAAUGCGGUGGAUUAUUUGGUGCAGCUGCUCACUAUCGCGCUUGAGAAGUUCAACCGGGAUCUCGUCCUUCCCAGCAGCUUUACUGCUUUUCGGCUCACGUAUAGCGUUCUGAACCUCAUCUAGUGUUGGUGGAUCCACAGCUUGUCCUUCAUUUCAUGCUUAUCCUGUUCCUACAUACACUUUCAAUUCCGCCAUUCAACAAAACCUCGAAAUGCUCCUUCCACCUGGCAGUCACCAUGGUUUUGUCUGUCAACAAAUUUCCCUCUAGGUCAUUGCACAUAACGGGCACUGGCGCUGAUUUAUGUCGUGCACCUUUGGCAAUUUCAUUAAAUCUCCGCCUAUCAUUCCGGUCCAUGCUUUCUUGCGCUUCAACAAUCACACUUUCUUCGUGCUGCCUUUUCUUUUCGCGGUAGAUUCGUUUCUCGGCACUUCUCGCUUCCCCGUACCGCUCUCUGUUGAGGCGUGUACUAGCCACUAGCAUCCGACGUCUGGCCGCAUUCUUCUCGUUCGUCGCUCUCUGGCACUCUUCAUCUAUCCAAUUGCUUCGUUGGCGCCGCGGAGCUGUACCUAUCUUUUCUCACGCCGUUAUAAUCACAGCUUCGUGGACAGCCUUCCACAUGCUGUUGACAUUGCCAGCUACGUUGGUCUCAUCUAUCCGCUCAUCCAGCUUCUGGCGAUACUCAGUUGCUACAUCUUCAGCCGUAAGAAGUUGGAAAUUUAUUGCAUCGUCCUGUUGCUUCUUGCACUCGUGACGCUCGAUAAUCGUGCACGAAUCUUUGCUACUACGAGAUAAUGAUUCGAGUCGAUGUUUGGGCCUCUGAGGAUCCUCACCUCAAUGACUUCGGAGAAAUACCGUCCAUCUAACAGUACAAGGUCUAUUUGGGAAAAGGUACUGCCACUUGGGUGUCUCCAGGUGGACUUUCGGAUAUGCUUACGUGCAAAAUAGGUACUACUGAUUGCCAUCCCCCUAGCAGUAGCGAAAAUUCCAAGCCGCAGGCCAUUAUCAUUGUUAGCAGAAUGAAGGUUCUGCGUACCAAUAAUUGGGUGAAGGAACUACUCCCUCCCAACCUGUGCGUUAGCGUCACCGAUGACUAUUUUAACAUCUUACCUUGGGCAAUCUCUGUAGGCUUUAUAUAAGCUCUCAUAGAACCAGUCCUUCACAUAAUCGGGUUUGUCGUUAAUUGGCGCAUAAAUACUGAUCAGACUGUAAUUGAAGAACUUGCCCUUAAUUCUUAACGCAUAGAUUCAGUCGUUUAUCAGUUCCCACCGAAUAACUAGCUUCAUCUGCUUCCCGAUCACGAUGAAACCAACACCAUGGUCUGCUCUUUCACCACCGCUGUAGUAGAUGUGGUACCUGAAUUAAGUGUUCGCAAUGGGGUCCACUGCUCAGAAUUCGCGUUCUCCGGUUUUCGGCCAUCGUACUUCCUGUAUUGCUGUCACGUGCACACCAACAUUACGCAGUUCACGAGCCAAGAGCCCUGAGCGUGUGGAUUCAGAUCUUACGUUCCGAGAUUCCAAUCGUUAUCCUUUAUUCGUUGCUGGUUCGUUUGCCGUAAAUCUAGUUCGUUUUUCGCUCUACUCUUGCCUUUCUUGAUGUUUUAGGUAUUUCGGUAGACUACCACACCGGGGUCACGCUACCUACAUCGCGUUGGUGGGGAUGCCACCAUAGGUGUAACUGAUGCGAUGCAGAGUUUCUUAUUCAGCCGCUGAAUGUCAGUCAGACGCUGUUUGGGCCGCACCUCCUGGUGAACAGAUGCUCGGAUACGCGCCCCCUCACCUCCCUGAUGUCAGAAGGACAAAAGUGCAGAGGUUGCGCUACCUGCUAGGCACGCAACUUUCGACUCGUAGACGCGUGAGGUAGGAACUUGUGAGGAGUUGAGGACCAGAGCUAUAUUGGACGCUCCUUUUGUUGUCAACUCACCAUUUGCACUCCAGAUACUAAUAAUAGAUUCGCGUAAUUGGAAUGAUUUGAGUUAAACAGUUAAAUGCCCUUAUUAUUAGAAAAAUUCCAUCUACUUAGAUGUUUAAUAAGAAAUUGUUUUGCAAAUUGACAGCGAAUAUAAUUCUAUUUUUGUUUAUUAAUUUCCUAUUGUUAACAUUUAAAACUCCAACACCUCGAAAAUACGAUAUAUUGGACAAAAUCCACUUUUACGAUAAAUUGCACGUAUUUAUUGAUUCAUCAAAUUUCAGUGUGCCUCAAGUUUAUGAGCGAAUAAACUUAUACUGAUUCCAUUUCUUUAACUCUGGUCAACUCGCUCCAAUGACUACAAAAUCUGGAGAUCUGGUCUGGUGUCAAUUUAGUUCUGGCUUUUAAUUUUAACAUUGCAUUAGCUCUGUGUUGUCCAGAUCAAGAUCUGAAACGCAAUGCUCUACCAACGUUUUUAUUUGCUUGACGAUUUAGGUAAGUUCUGCAACAUAAUAAAUAAGUACUAGAUCAAUAGCCAUCCAAGCAGAAUGUCACUCAAUUCAACAUAACAUGUCGACAUCAACGCUUGUAAAGUGGUUGUUAUUGUAGCUAAAUAAAACAAUAUCUAUCACUAAUCAGUAUUGUUAAAGUUCGUUAAGUUUGCAUGUGACGUGUAUCAAAAAAAGUUUAUCAAAUAUAAUAGCUUUAUGUUAAAAUAGACAACUUAUAAGUGAUACUCAGUACUAUUCAGUAAAUGUUUGUCAAAUGAUAGGUACAUCUACAACAGUUGCCGUUCGUUCGAUGCUUACUGAUUUGAAAAACCACUUAUUCUAAUUAGCUUCUAAAUAUAAGAAACCCGCAAUUCUAUAUAUCCACUACCUAUAAUGCCAACCAAAAAUGAGGGAUAAAGUAUUGUCGCGCUUAUAAUAAAAUCUCACAUUGCGGGCGCAUCAAAUAUAGCCGCAGUUGCUCCGCAAGCAGAUUUCAGUGGAGCUUUAUUUUUCUGCCAGCUGUGUGCUUUUCGAAAACUUCAAGGAAAAAGCUGCCUAUAAAUUUAUAUAGGCGGCUGUCACGCGCCUAUCUCAAUUGAGCUUUCAUAUAAUCGCAUAUCGAGCGAUUAUCCUGCAAGGCACAAUAUUUUCGCAUUUGAAAACUAGAAAACCCACAGAUGUAAUGUGCAUUAGUUUAUUAUUAGUGCAUUUGCCCUAAAUUCGACCUUUCCCGAUCGAAAGGAACGGCCGCGCUUCAAGAAGUACCACGCUUAACCAAUCUGUCAUAACAUCGCAAAUUUGCACAACGGCGGGCUGAAUUAGAACACAAGUUGUUUAGAAAAUCAGGGCUGGUUUAUGCAAUGUUUUGUGCAGUUUGAGUAUACCAGAUGCAAGUGGUGCCAAAUUCACCACGUUCAGUAAAAUUUAAAAAUUAUUUUUUAAGAUUACAGAAUUGAUAAAAUUGGCUUAGUCCUACCGCAAAUAGUAAAUACAGUCGUGAUUCACUGGUGACACUUUUUAACUGGACCGCUUUUUAGUUGGACCUCCGCUAGUUGGACCAUUAUCCAACUAAAAAGCAUCUGAAUGUCAAAAUCUUAUGUCUUAUGUGACAAUCAAUCUGACAAUUAUUAGAGAUGUGAAUAGAUGAAAUUACGUCUCCUUUGGAGAGUUUUUGACAUCUGUCAGUCGGUCCAACUAACGAAUCAAAUUAAUUAGUUGGAUAGAGGUGUGGCCCAACCAGCGAAUCGCGACUGUACAAGUACUAGUUAGACAAAAAACUUGCUGCCAACCCUAGAGCGGCCUAUUAGGUUCUUUACAGACACAGUUAACCACACUUUUCCUGACAAUUCGCUUGUACUGUUUACAUGGACUUAGGAAAAUUUGUGAACGACUAGAUUCGCUCAAAGCAAAUCGUAAAGAAUUUUUCUAAGUCCAAGUAAACAGUACAAGCGAACUGUCAAAAAUGAACACUCAGUUCAUUUGUGUCGUCACCGUAAAGUAUUUAAUAGUAAGCAGUUGGUGCGGCGAGUACGUUCAGGUGAAUGUCUCAAUAUAAUCGAGUUUUCAUCGACGAGGAGAGGGGUUCCCUUACGACUGUCCUGGUUUUCACUCGUUAGAUAUGGUCACCCUAGAAUAAUGCACCCAAAACUAGGCCUUAUUUUCUUUGUGUCAACAAAGAAGAUCCACGUCACAGAAUUUUGGCCGGGAUUUUCUGCCGGUUUUCGAUCACAGAAAAUUUUCUACUUCUGAAAAACACCAGCUGUUUCAGAACAGCACAGAUUUUCAAACAUAUUAAUAAAAACAAUUUUUCCAUCGGAAACAAUUCAAGUUGAAUUGUUUCCGGCCGGAUUUUUCGUUUAUAGAUUUUUUAAAAUCCGUGACGUUUUCCACAGUUGAGUUUACACUUCGGAAAUCAUGAUUUGUUGCCUUUUUUCCGUCGCGGAAGCCGAAAAUUCUCCUCCCAUUUGAAAUGCAUGUUGCACGAGAAAUCACAUAAAUCCAUGUCAAAUGAUCUUUGUGAAUCAGUAAGCAAUUAAGUAAUUAGAACGGCAACUGUAUCAUCUCAACAUAUCGAAACGUGUUCAAACGCCAUAGGCAAUUGUAAGAAAACCUUUCUAAGGUUUUCAAAAGACCCCCAGUAAUAUAGUAUGUGAAAAUAAAUAAUGUUGAAAAACAAAAA